ACUCCACCUCCGGAAUAACUACCUCGAGCUCAGCUCUGUCGUCGUUGACUUCCAGCCGAGCUGCGAGCUCUCGCUGUUCCUGCUAUUCCUGUCCUUGGAUUCCGCCCCUCGCUCCGGCCAGGAGGGAGAUGACGGGUGGCGCAGGGAGGCCGGCGGGGGCGCCGGAAGCCGCCGAGCUCGAGGAGAGGCUGCUCCCGCUGCCGUCGCCGGGGAGCGGAGACGCUGACGGCGGCGGCGGCGGCGGCGGCGGGAGGAGGAGGGGGAAGUGGGAGAAGACCUACCUGGACGUGCUGGGCGUGUGCUGCUCCGCGGAGGUGGCCCUCGUCGAGCGCCUCCUCUCGCCGAUCGACGGCGUGAGGGCCGUCACCGUUGUCGUCCCCUCCCGCACCGUCAUCGUCGAGCACGACCCCGCCGCCGUCUCCCCGUCCCACAUCGUGAAGGCUCUGAACAAGGCCGGCCUGGAGGCCUCGGUGCGCGCGUACGGCAGCAGCGGGGUGGUCGCCGGCCGGUGGCCCAGCCCGUACGUCCUCGCUAGCGGCGCCCUCCUCCUCGCCUCCUUCCUCGCGCCGCUCCUGCCCCCGCUGCGCUGGCUGGCCCUGGCGGCGGCCUGCGCCGGCGCGCCGCCGAUGCUGCUCCGGGCGUUCGCCGCGGCCACCGGGCUCGCCCUCGACAUCAACGUGCUCAUGGUCGUCGCGGUGGCCGGCGCCGCCGCGCUCGGGGACUACGCGGAGGCCGGCGCCAUCGUCUUCCUCUUCACCGCCGCCGAGUGGCUCGAGGCGCUGGCGUGCGCCAAGGCCGGCUCCGGGAUGUCUUCGCUGAUGAGCACGAUCCCGCCCAGGGUCGUGCUCGCCGCGACGGGGGAGGUCGUCGGCCUGCGCGACGUCGAGGUAGGCGCCGUCGUCGCGGUCAGGGCAGGGGAGGUGGUGCCGGUCGACGGCGUGGUCGUCGACGGGCAGAGCGAGGUCGACGAGAGCAGCCUCACCGGCGAGUCAUUCCCGGUGCCGAAGCAACCGCCGGCGGAGGUCUGGGCCGGCACCAUGAACCUGGACGGUUACAUUGCCGUGAGGACAACUGCUCUAGCCGAGAACUCCACGGUGGCCAGGAUGGAGAGGCUGGUGGAGGCGGCGCAGAACAGCCGGUCCAAGACGCAGCGGCUCAUCGAUUCUUGCUCAAAGUACUACACACCCGCCGUGGUUGCCCUUGCAGCAAGUGUGGCUCUUGUGCCCCUGCUGCUGGGAGCACAGGACAUGAGAAGAUGGUUUCAGCUGGCCUUGGUGCUGCUGGUGAGCGCGUGCCCGUGCGCGUUGGUCCUGUCGACGCCGGUCGCCACGUUCUGCGCGCUCCUGAGGGCGGCGAGGAUGGGGGUGCUCAUCAAGGGAGGGGACAUUCUCGAAUCGUUGGGCGGGAUCAGGGUUGCGGCAUUCGACAAGACGGGAACUAUCACCAAGGGCGAGUUCAGCAUCGAUGGAUUCCAUGUGGUUGGGGACAUGGUUGAAAUGAGCCAGCUUCUUUACUGGGUAUCUAGCAUUGAGAGCAAAUCAAGCCACCCAAUGGCAGCUGCCCUUGUUGAGUACGCUCAGUCCAAAUCCAUCCAGCCGAAGCCGGAAAACGUCACUGAAUUUCGCAUCUAUCCCGGGGAGGGCAUCUAUGGCGAGAUCGAUGGCAGACAUGUCUACAUUGGAAACAGAAGGAUCAUGGCAAGGUCCUCAUGCCAAAAAGGUUCAAGAAUCGAUGAUGGUGUCAAUGCCGCAUCGAUCGGCUAUGUGGUCGGCGACGGCGAUCUCGUGGGGGCGUUUGCGCUCUCCGACGACUGCCGGACGGGCGCGGCAGAGGCGAUCCGGGAGCUCAGAUCGAUGGGGAUCAAGUCGGUGAUGCUAACGGGGGACAGCAGGUCGGCGGCCAUGCGCGCGCAGGAGCAGCUGGGAGGCGCCAUGGAGGAGCUCCACUCCGAGCUCCUCCCGGCGGACAAGGUCGGGCUCGUCGGUGACCUCAAGGCGAGGUACGGGCCGGCGCUGAUGGUCGGCGACGGCCUGAACGACGCCCCCGCUCUGGCCGCGGCGGACGUGGGCGUCGCCAUGGGCCUGUCGGGCUCCGCGGCCGCCAUGGAGACCAGCCACGCGACGCUCAUGUCCAGCGACAUCCUCAGGGUACCCGCGGCCGUCCGGCUCGGCCGGCGCGCCUGCCGGACCAUCGCCGCCAACGUGGCCGCCUCCGUGGCCGCGAAGGCCGCCGUCGCCGCGCUGGCCGUCGCGUGGCGCCCCGUGCUGUGGGCGGCCGUGCUCGCCGACGUCGGGACGUGCCUGCUCGUCGUGCUCCACAGCAUGACGCUGCUGAGGGAGCCCGGGACGGCGGCGCCGAGGGGCGGCGGGAAGGAGGACGGGGCGUGCCGCGCCACGGCGAGGUCGCUGGCCAUGAGGUCCCAGCUCGCCGGAGCACCGAACGCGGCAGCCGCUGGUGCCAGAGCACCAGGUGGCGGAACUGGUGGCUACCGUUGCUGCCAGAAGCCAGCAAGCAGGCCGUCUGAGCAAGCGCACUCGGUUGUGAUCGACAUACCGGCGGCACCAUCUGCCGGACACCAAGAACUUAAGAUUCCUCGCGCGGCGGCGGCGAACGGCAACGCCGGUGGAUGUUGCGGCGGCGGCGGCGGAGGAUGCGGUGCGGCUUCCACGGUGGCUUCUGGAGCUCGGGCGCCCCGUAAAGAAGACAGCGGCCGUGUUAGUGUAAAGACGGCCUGCUGCGGCAAUGGAGGAGGCGCGCGUGAUUCUCCUAAGAAGGCCGGGCAAGGUUGCAGCAGGGAUGCCAGGUGUUGCUCUGGUGGUACAUGAGAUGUCUCAACUCUGAACUGCAAGUGAAAUACUUGCCUGUUCUUGCAACAACUGCAAAAUCUAACCGGGUGCAUCGACCAUGUGUGUUCAACUCGACUAGGAAGCUUGGCUUUUUUUGUUUUUGUUUACUGAAACAUAGUAAAGCUCACAUUUUGUGCAGUCAAUUCGUACAAAUUAUACUUCUUUGUUCAGAAAUGUUUUGAAAUGGGUAAAAUGCACCUACCGUGCAACAACUUAGCAAGUGAGUGCCCAUUAAUCCAACAAUGUGUAAACUUCUCAAUUGGGUUCGACAACUUGGCAAGUGGGUGCAGAUUAGUCCAA